AUGAUACUGAAAGCCACGAUCGUGUUACUGUUACUUGUGGCCAGUGGUAGCUGCCAGGAUGACUCAUUGGCCGGUAGUUUUCUAUCAGGACUUUUGGACUCCAUCACAAGCACAGAGGACGCCAAAGGAUGCCCGGGAGUGUGCGUGCACACGUUGGCCACACUGAUAUGUUACGAGGUGCUGGACGACAUUCCCUGCCCAUCACCGAGCAUGAAAUGUUGCGUCGAGAGUAGCACUGCCGCCGCAAACAUUUCGACAACGCCCAGGCCGAGGCCAACGACGACCACGCCAAGGCCAACGACAACGACGCCAAAGCCGACGACGGAGUCCAAGAUCAAGGAGAAGGAUAACAAGAAUAACUCCUCCUGUCCGGGUGUUUGUGUUGCGGAUCGCAUUGCCGAGUACUGCGAGGCAUACCUGACAACGGCCGGCCUCUGCAAGAGUGGAUCCAAGUGUUGCGUGUCGCGAGACAUCUAUCCGGACAACGCGCCCGAUGAGCUGUACAUUCCUACGGCGCACUUUGACUCGAAAACGAACAAAACAACCACACCGAAGCCGUACGCAAAAACGACCGAGCGGCCACACACCACCGAAGAGCCCAUCAAGUCGAAAACGAAUCCCACGCCAAAGCCGACACCGAAACCGACGAAACCGGUCGCGCCGUCCAAGCUGAAGACAACCUCGGUCACACUCGCCAACAAUGGCCAGGGACCGGUGUUCAAGGAGUGCGAGGGAGAGUGCGUUAACGGACUGUUUGCGCUGUUCUGCGAUGAUCUGGACAGUGAAGCGUUCUGUCCGAACGAAGGAUCCUGCUGCAUCACCGGUGUGGCGGAGGACAACAAGCAACAGGUGGUGACAACCACGAGACGGCCAGCGACACCGCCCCCAUUGCCACGAUGCCCCGGUUUCUGUCUGCUCAACAUCAUGGCUGCCUUCUGUGAGCGUCCCUCGGUGCUCAUCCCGAACACGGCCAACUGUAAGCGAGGUUCGGUGUGCUGCGACAACACACGCGCUCCACCACCACGACCACCGCAGCAGAAGCGACCUCCACCACCGACGACCACGACAACACCGGCCCCAACGACGACCGCCAUUCCGGACCCUCGCGAAGAGUGUCCCGGUUCGUGUAUCGUCAGUCUCCUCAGCUUCACCUGCUUCCGUAACGCCGAAAUGACCGAUCUGUUCAAGUGCAAGAAAUCGGGCACGCAGUGCUGCGCCCCGAAGAGCAAGAUCCAGGAAGUGCAAGCCGCUGCGGCCAGCAAAACGAAGUACAACGACACCUAUCCACCGCAGGCCCUUCCUCCACCGCCGCAGAUGAUGCCGCAGCAGCCGGCAGUGCCGGGUCUUAUGGGCCAGCAGCCGUACCCGAUGGUAGGGCAGGGUUCUAUGCCACCACAGCCUCCGCAGCAGCAGGCACCACUUCCGCCGCACCAGCAGGGCUAUGGUCCACCGGCACCGAACCCCUACCCCGGGCCGAUCAGCAACAAUAUCUACGAGGUGGCCCCGACGCAACCCGCACCCUACGCACAGUCUCCGGUGUAUGAGCCUCCCACGACCACGCCACGUCCUCAGGUGUACUCGAAGUACGUCUGCGGCGUGAAGGGAACCAGCCGUGCGGCGAAGUCCUAUCUCACGCGUGAGGUUCUGCUGCUGGAGCGAGACCAUGAAGCACAGGAACAGACCACACUGUCACGCCAGGCGCGCCACAUCGACGUCGACAGUAUCUACCGGUCGAAGAGCUCCGAGCGCCUUGUGCUUGGAAGUAGCAUCGUGCCGAUACCGAUCAUCUACCACGAUCACAACGACACCGUCCCCGAGGACCUGCUGCGACACCCGAGCGUCAAGGAAAAUGCCACCGUAGUGGCCAAGUACUGGAGCAAUCACCGAAAGGGACGCGUAGUAGGCGGUGAGGAUGGCGAAAACGGUGAAUGGUGCUGGCAGGUGGCACUGAUCAACUCGCUCAACCAGUACCUCUGCGGGGCGGCCCUCAUAGGGACGCAGUGGGUCCUGACGGCGGCACACUGUGUCACCAACAUUGUUCGCUCGGGUGACGCAAUCUAUGUGCGCGUGGGAGACUACGAUCUGACGCGCAAAUAUGGCAGCCCCGGAGCACAAACACUGCGGGUGGCCACCACAUACAUUCAUCACAAUCACAACAGUCAAACGCUGGACAACGAUAUAGCGCUGCUGAAGCUGCACGGUCAGGCGGAACUGCGCGAUGGCGUUUGUUUGGUCUGCCUUCCGGCUCGAGGUGUCAGCCAUGCGGCAGGCAAGCGCUGCACGGUGACCGGCUACGGUUAUAUGGGCGAGGCGGGUCCGAUUCCGCUGCGAGUCCGCGAGGCUGAAAUACCGAUCGUCAGUGACGCCGAGUGCAUACGAAAGGUGAACGCGGUCACGGAGAAGAUCUUCAUCCUGCCGGCCUCGAGCUUCUGCGCCGGCGGCGAGGAGGGCAACGACGCCUGCCAGGGCGAUGGCGGCGGGCCGCUGGUGUGCCAGGACGAUGGGUUCUACGAGCUGGCGGGACUGGUGUCGUGGGGCUUCGGAUGCGGCCGCGUCGAUGUGCCAGGCGUGUACGUGAAGGUGUCGUCCUUCAUCGGGUGGAUCAACCAGAUCAUUAGCGUUAACAAUCAGUAG